UGUGUGAAAAUUUUUCAAAUUAUUAUGAGAUUGUUAUGUUAUGAAAGUCAUGGUCAAUUUUGAUCACAUUGCAGAAUGUGUGAUUUCAAUACGUAACUGUUGAACGCGCGAAUUUUGAUUUUAAUAUAUUUUAUUAAAUUACGGUUAAAACCAAAGAAAAUAAUACAACAAAAGCACGCUUUCAAAAAAUGGCUGAUCAAUACCAAACAGAAUUUUAUUUUGAACCUGGAAUUAUAAAACAAGAGCCACCAUUUACAUUAAAUGACACAACAUUAACGACAACAGCAAGUGUUCCAAUACCUGGUCGACGAAAUUUAGAUCUAACUGAACUUAGACAUUAUAGUCUCGAAAUGGAGCAUGUAAUAUCACCGUCAACCAAAGAUGAGAUUCUUGAUUCGGGGGGUUUACAAAAUAGUUCCGAAGUGUACCAGUCGUUAGGCAGUGGGAACGCAAUGUGGAGUAGAUUAGGUAUAGAUAACGAAACAAACCAAAUAGAUACUUUUAAUCAUACUUCUUUUAAUGAUACUUUUAACGAUACGUUUAAAAUGGACGAAGACGAUAUUUUUCAAGUAGAUAAAGCCGAUUUAAUACAAGGACCUACAUUAGCUGAAUUAAAUGCUAACGAUGUUUUAGAAGAUGUUUUAAAUAUUGACGAUCUCCACGAAUUUUUAUUAACAACGCCCACAAAUAAUGAUGUAAAUUUUAUACAAUCACAAUUUCAGCAAAAAAUUAUAACACCUGCAGUUUAUAUACCAACAUUAACAACGUCAAAUGCGUCCAAUAACAAUAGUCCUAGUCCACAAACCUUUACACCGUCGUCAUGCCCACAAACAGGUCUCGGAUAUUAUCGUGAUUCGGGUGAACAAAAUUACAGCGUGCCUUCCAGUCCAUUUGACCAUCCAUUUAGUCCUAAAUCAAAUGUACCACCAUUUUCGCCGGCAAGUCAACAUAGUUCAACUUCGUCGCUUGUUCAUAAUUCAGCAUCGUCCCCACCACCUUCACAACCGAAAGUAGUUCGAGCAGCAUCGGUUCAACCGAGAUAUAGUACGUUACAUGGACUGCUUUUAAAACGUGAUACACAAAUAAAUCUUGGACGAUCAAUUCCUGGACCGGGCACAUCGUCUGGUUCAGGUAGUAGUGGACACAGUAGUGUAGUACGCACAAAUAGAAGUUAUUCAUCGAGACUUUCAUCAUCAGCACCAGCAUCGGAAGCUACGCUUUUGGGCCCCGAUCAAAUUUGGCAACGACGUGAACCAAGGCAGCAUUUACUUUCUACGGGUUCAUUAGCGGAAGCUGGAAGUACAUCGUCAUUAUCUACGGGUGGUAUUUUAAGUCCUGAUCCACAUGAUUUUUCACAUGAUGAAGGAUUUGAUAGCGAUGAAGAUAGUGAUCAUUAUGAAGAUUUUUCUUCAGAUGGUAAGGGUGCAAGUGGGGAUGAUGCCCAGCAAAAUUCAGACGAUGAAAGCACUAAAAAAUCUAUGUCAAAGAAGGAACGAUAUUUUUGGCAGUAUAAUGUUCAAGCCAAAGGUCCAAAAGGACAACGUUUAGUACUGAAAACAAAAUUAGAAGAUCCACAUGUAUUAAAUGAAGUGACUGAUCCAGUAUUCUCACCCAAUUGUGCUGUACGUGGCAUCAAACACAGUGGUAAAGCACGUAAAGGUGAUGGUAAUGACUUAACGCCAAAUCCGAAGAAAUUAUAUACAAUUGGUAAAGAACUAGAUAAAUUAGGACGUAUUAUCAAUGAUAUGACACCUGUCAGUGAACUACCAUUUCCGUCACGUACCAAAACACGAAAGGAGAAAAAUAAAUUGGCAUCAAGAGCAUGUCGUCUCAAAAAGAAAGCACAACAUGAGGCAAACAAACUUAAAUUAUACGGAUUGGAGCAUGAACAUAAAAAAUUAAUCCAUGGGAUUGCGCAAGUUAAACAAAUUCUGAAAUUAAAAUUUCAAGAAACUAAUGCAGAGAAUCAGGAAGAAUAUUCUCGACAAAUUGAAAAAUUGGUUAAAAACGCAACCAAAGUAAAAAUAGCAAGUCAUUCAACAGAAUAUGUAAAUAAGGUGCUAGAAAGGGUGAAAAAUGGAGUACCUGGUGGAGGCAUCGAUGAAUUUUAAACAGAUGAAUUUUAACGACUUUACACAAUACAGCUUUACCAAACGAUUAUUAAAUGUAGUUUACAACUUUUAUUAUAUACUUAUUACUUAUCUAUUUUAUAAGUUCGUUAAUUAAUAUGUAAAUUUAUAA